AUGUACGCCAACCACGGCCAGCCUACCUAUCUACAACAUACUCCAUCGUCGGGAAGCAGUCAUCACAGCUAUGGAUCUCGCCAUGGACGCCCACAGCAGCCCCCUCAGGUUGGUUAUGGAUAUCAAGCAGGCCCGUUAGCCCCGCCGCCGGGCGUUGACUCUCAACUAUGGCAAUAUUUCAAUGCAGUGGACACAGAUCACUCUGGUGCCAUCACCGUGACAGAAUUGCAAGCUGCCCUGGUUAAUGGAUUUGAUCUCGAUACGGUAAAGAUGUUGAUGGGAAUUUUCGACGUGGAUCGAAACGGAACGAUCUCAUACAACGAAUUCGCCGGACUGUGGAAAUACAUUUCUGAUUGGCAGAAUGUUUUCCGGCAUUUUGACAGAGAUCGCUCAGGAUCGAUAGAGGGCCGCGAAUUGGCGGAGGCUUUGCGCAACUUUGGGUAUAGUCUUUCACCCAAUCUUCUCUCGCUUGUUGAGCGCAAAUAUGCUUCAGAGCCUUCCACGGGAUAUGGGCCACCUCCGGGGAUAUCCUUCGAUAGAUUUGUACGAGCGUGCGUUGUGGUGAAAACACUCACCGAAGCGUUCCAACGUGUCGAUACUGAUCACGAUGGCUGGGUGCAGAUGAGUUACGAACAGUUCAUGAGUAUUGUCCUGAGCGCACCUUGA